GACAGAGGAGCGGCGCACACCCGAGUCAAAAGGGGGUUGAACCGAGGACGUGCGACUCCUUGGAAAAGUGGCUUCCGAGGGAGGACGGAGUGAGUCUAGAGCCGAUCACCAGCCACCCGGGACUUCACUCAGCCACAGACACUUUCCCCCGGACUCGAACCUGCAACAACAGCUCCCGUGCCACCAUGAGGAUAAACGUAUGGAUUUACCAGGCGCUGGUGUGCGCUGCCCUCACUGUACUGGACUCAGGUUUGUGCAGAAGGAGCCAUCACUCGUUACAGCGGUAUGAGAAGAGCGAGAGCCACAUGCUGGUCUGCACAGACUGUCCUCAGGCCCCUCUGGUGCGAAACAACCGCUCGCAGGAGCAAUGCGCUCGCAAGUGCAAGAAGAAAAACUUCAACUGCAGGGCUUUCAACUUUCAGAAGCACAACAGGAAAUGCUUCUUGCUUCCCUUCGACCGUUUCACCCGAGGCGUGAAGAAGCAGGCCAACGUCAACUUUACUCUGUAUGAAAAAAAAGAUUAUAUAAGGGAGUGUAUCGUCGGCACCAAGGACUACAGAGGGAGGAGGUCUUGGACCAAGUCGAACAUCACUUGCCAAGCUUGGUCAGAUAAUAACAUCAAUGAACACACGUUUUAUCCUGAUAGUUUCCCGGCGGAAGACCUGAGGGAGAACUUCUGUCGGAAUCCCAAGAACGAUCCAGGUGGUCCGUGGUGCUACACCACUGACCCCAAUGUGCGAGUGGAGGAGUGUGGUGUGCCGCAGUGUUCGGAGGACGUCUGUAUGACGUGUAACGGGGAGGAUUACCGAGGCAAAGUGGACCAUACCGAGAGCGGAAAGGAGUGUCAGCGGUGGGACUCAGUGAGGCCUCACAAACACCUUUUCCAGCCCAAAAAGUAUCGUGGCAAAGAUUUAAAGGACAACUACUGCCGUAACCCGGAUAAUCGUCGCCGGCCCUGGUGCUACACCAUGGAUCCGAAAACCCCGUGGGAGUUCUGCAACAUCACUGUGUGUGAGUCGGACUCCAGCGAGGACACAGACGUCAAUGUCACGACGUCCUGCGUCCAGGGGAAGGGCGAAGGUUACCGGGGCACAACGUCUGUCACUCCUGAGGGCGUGACGUGUCAGCGCUGGGACUCUCAGUUCCCCCAUAACCACUCGUUUCUGCCCCAGAACUUCAAAUGCAACUUGUGUGUGUGCCACAGGGACCUGCGAGAGAACUACUGCCGUAACCCCGACGGAGCCGAUUACCCAUGGUGCUUCACUACAGACCCUAAACAGAGGAAAGCCAACUGCACCCACAUCCCCAGGUGUGAUGCUGAGGCCACACAAAAAAUAGAGUGUUACGAGGACGUCGGAGAGAUGUACCGGGGAACUUUAUCCAUAACUCGCUCUGGGAUUCCCUGUGCCAACUGGUCACAUCACAUAGACAGUGGGGAUUCUCACUCUACAGUGUCCCAUGUAGGGCUGGAGAACAACUACUGCCGGAACCCGGACCGGGACAAGCACGGCCCCUGGUGCUACACCAAUCCAAAUAACCGCCUGGCCUGGGACUACUGCAAACUGAAGCACUGUGAAUCAUCCACAGUAGCUCCUCAACCCAGCAAUCUAACCCGACCAAAGAUAUCGUGCUUCGUGCACAUAAACACCAGAAUAGUCGGCGGACAUCAAGUGCGAGGGACAGACGGCAGCUGGGUGGUGAGCAUCCAAAGAGAGAAGGCUCAUUUGUGUGGCGGCUCGCUGAUCAGAGAGGACUGGGUUUUGACCGACCAGCAGUGCUUCACCUCCUGUGUUCCAGAUCUCAGGGAUUACAGCGUGCAGGUCGGCCUGCGCCACCUCAACCAGUCGUCCCACCACCCGAGGCUGCGCAUCUCGCGCCUGAUCUGCGGCCCAGAGGGAUCCAACCUGGUCAUGCUGAAACUGGCAGACCCUGCUCCUGUGUCUGAAGGGGCCUCCACGAUUCAUCUCCCAGUGAAAGACUGUCACAUCCCCGAAGGCACCAACUGCACCAUGUAUGGAUGGGGGGAAACCAAAGACGCGGGAUACGACGAGGCCCUGAACACAGUCACGAUGCCGAUGGUCAACAAUGACAUGUGCUCGCAGAUCAAAGGGGACGCCGGGGAAAGCAGGAUAUGCGCCGGCGGCAUGAGAGGAGAAGGUGUCUGUGAUAGAGAUAACGGCGGCCCGUUGGUCUGCCAGGAGCAUGAGCGCAAAGUCAUCGUGGGCGUGAGCAUCCAGAGGACGAAAUGUGCCUCGUCGCAGCCGGCUCUCUUCGUCAACGUCGCUUUCUACUCGGAGUGGAUUUAUAAAGUGUUCAAGCUUUACCCCAGCCCGGAGAGGAACUGAAAUAGAAUCCGGAGCGUACCACAGCUGGCGAGAGGCGGGAGGCGACUCUGGGUCGGACCUCUCCGGCUCGGACCGCAGGGGAGACAUGAGGGGAAAUCACCAGUUUGGGGAUUUUAGCGGCCGAGGCUGUCGUUUCACGGAGAGGACGGGGACUCGUGACUGAAGAGUGGAUACGAUAAAGUGGAAUCUCCCGCGCUCCCCCACGUGCAGGUUGUUAGCCUCCAGGACAUUUUAACAACCAAAGUCUCGGACACAUGGACCACGUACCAAUUGUAUUUUGACAUGAGAAUGACACGUGUGAGUAUUAUCUCCUGGAAUAUACUUGAAUAUGGACGGAGCCCAGAUCUCCUGUUGGACACAUCUGGGACUGGGAUUUCUUUCUUUGCUUUUUUAUUUUAACGUGUUGAGCUGGACUGCAAAACUUUUCUUUACCUCCAACACACACACACACAGAUGUUAACAAAUAUACAAAUUUGGCCACAGUGAUUUCCGAUGCCAUAGAAAUAUAACCAUACUCCAAAAUAAACAAGGUACGACCAAAAAGGAAGAAGAACUGGUCUGUGACUUUAAACCUGUAAACUUUGCUUCAGAUAUACCGUGAAUUAGGUGUAUAGAAUACACUACAGCUGCUUGAAACGCUGACUGCAGCAGCCCUGGCCAACCAUUCAGUGCUCGUUGUGCGCAGUAGCCGGACUGCCUUUUCCCCUGUUAGCUGUAACUGUUAGUUUCCCCCCCCGUGAGAGGGUCUAAGUAGGAACUGAGCAAACUGCUCCAGAUCUUAUGCUAAUAUUUGAAGCAUGAGAGAGAAGAGCCGUGCCAAAUAUAACAAGGUUAUUUGGUCUCCAGUUUGGAGGGAACUGUGGCCCCUGGCGGGCUGUGUGUGGUCAGUAGGAUAUUUUAUAUAUAUAUAUGUAUUUCUUUUUUAAUUUUCAUGGAAGGUGACUCCUUAUGUACAUAACUGCAGAUUUAUUGAGUAUGUCUCUGCCGUGCCAUAAGAUUUUAUCGGUCUUAUAGAUCUGGAAUAUUUUUGGUUCACUGAGUAAUGUCAGAUUGGCUUCUUCCUGUUUCGGAUUGUGUUUAAUAUUUAAAAGAUAGGACUUGUGGAUUGUGAGCGGUCGGUUUGUUGUAUUUAUUUUUUUGGAAAGAGCAGAAGACGUUGCAGAUAAUGAUACUUGGCUUUUGUUUCUCACACUAUAAUAACAUGCUGCGUGUUUGACUCCAGGUUAAAGACACAGAAACAGAAAGGAACACAUCGUUGACAAUGUGCCUUAUACAUUCAAACUAGAGACUGUAGAUAAAGAUGGACGACACGUCUCCACUUCCUCCCACUAUCCAGAUGUGAAGCCAAAUUAUCCUGGAUGCAAAGUUCCGGUGGGGGGGGG